AUGACGCCAGCUGGUCUGCUGAUAUUCAGCUCGUUGCUUACACGAACACUAUGUGUCAUAGCACCUCAAGUAAAAGACUUCAAACCCGGUGACAAUAAGAUUAUAACCGGUCCAUUUUGGCACGAGGUCUUCACGGAAUCAUACGAGUAUCCAGAGGAAGACAUCUCCACUACCACGUCAGAGCCCCUGCCCUUCUUCGAAGAUGAUGCUUCGACUAAUAAUGUUACCGCCCAGCUGGGUAGCCGCGUUCACUUGCACUGUAGAGUUCACGAUCUUGGUGAAAAAACUAUUUCCUGGGUCCGAAGAAAAGGCGAAGAACUACAUCUCCUGUCUGUUGGAAGACACACAUAUUCAGCCGACUCACGCUACUCCCUUGCAUUUGAACACCCGAACGACUGGCGCCUGCUCAUUCAGUACGUGAGUGAAAGGGACGAAGGAUACUAUGAAUGCCAGAUUUCGACACAUCCACCACUUGUAAGGAGAGUGCAUCUGAGUGUUGUUGUUCCGAAAGUGGAAAUUAUCGAUGAACGCGGUCAACCACUGCAGGACAAGUUUUACAAAGAAGGUUCUAUAAUAGAACUCAGAUGUAUUGUCAGUGAGGUUCCUCAACCCGCGAAGCAAGUGAACUGGAAGCAUGGGGGCCGCUUGCUGAACUACGACACAAAAAGAGGUGGUGUCAGUGUAAAGACGGAGGCGACAUCUAAUGGUGCAUUAUCAAGACUGUAUAUAGCCAAUGCGAAUAGAAAUGACUCUGGUAAUUACACUUGCGCUUUAGCUGAUGUCACCGCUUCUGCUGUAGCGGUUCAUGUACUGAGAGGCGAAAAUCCUCUGGCGAUGCAAAGAGGGAACUCCUCAGGAGUGCAUCCAUCAAUGGUUCUCAUCCUAGCGUUAAUCAGCUGA